GAAGCAACCGUUACUCUGUUGGCUUCCAGUCUGCACUGGUCAUAAUGCUCGGGGUGCCUCUUCCCAGGGGGGGGUCCCACGCCCUGGUCCUAAUGCUCGUGGUGCCUCUUCUCAGGGGGGGGGUCCCACGUCCUACAUUUAGUGAUUGUUUUUGUAUUCUUUUGUGUUAAUGGCCUAAAAUACCUUAAGGUCACAACACGCCCAUAUAAAGCGUAUUGGCGCUAUUUAAAGAUAAAUUGAACUGAACUUGCCAUACAGAGUAUGGGGGGGCUCUGGCCUUGGCCCGCCGUCCUCCCGCCUCUCUCCCCCAGGUCAGAGGUCUCCGUCACCAUGUGGGCUCCCGGAACUCUGUCGCUGUGGUUCCUGCCUGGGCUGCUCAGUGCCUCUUCGGUCUUCCUGGAGGGGGAGAGCGACUCUUUGCGGAUUUGCAGGCUCCCCCCACGGUGGCAGGUGGAGGGCCAGGCCCCCAUGCAGGAUCACCUGGGGAAGCUGGUGGUGGUGGCUCUGCUGAAGGCCAGCUGACAAUUCUGCCUGACGCAGGCUGCUCGCUUGGGCAACCUGCGUGACAAGCUCCUCCGGGGAGGUCUGAGCAACGUGACCUUCCUGGUGGUAAAUGAGCGCACCCCCCAGUCCAGAGCCAUGUACUGGGAGAUGAGGAGGAGGACGGCCGCGGGGAUCCCUGUCUACCAGCAGGCCCCCCUGCAGGAGGAUGUCUGGGAGCUUCUAGAGGGAGACAAAGAUGACUUCCUCAUAUAUGACCGCUGCGGGCAGCUGACGUUCCACAUCGUGCUGCCAUACAGCUUCCUGCACUACCCCUAUGUCGAGGCUGCCAUCAGGGCCACUUAUCAUAAGGACAUUUGCGGCAACUGCUCCGGUAGCUUGAUUGGAAUGCAGAAUAGGGACAUGCAACCAGGCAUGAACGUGACAGGAGCCCUAGAGGGAGCAAAUGACACCACCCUGAUGUCCCUGCCAGUGCCUGCAUCGCCUAACGCCUCGCACACCCUGGGGGAGGGGCCAAAGCCACAUCAUCACCAUACACACACGCAGGGGGAGGGGCCAAAGCCACAUCAUCACCAUACACAUAUGCAGGGGGAGGGGCCAAAGUCACAACACCACACACGCAUCCAGGGGGAGGGGCCAAAGUUACACCGUCACCACACACACAACCAUGGGGAGGGGCCAAACUCACACCAUAACCACACACACACCCAGGGGGAGGGGCCAAAGCCACAUCACCACACACGCAUCCAGGGGGAGGGACUAAAGUUACACCGUCACCACACACACAACCAUGGGGAGGGGCCAAAGUCACACCAUAACCACACACACACAUAGGGGGAGGGGCCAAAGCCACAUCACCACACACACACACAAGGGGAGGGGCCAAAGCCACAUCACCACACACACACACACUCAAGGGGAGGGGCCAAAGCCACAUCACCACACACACAACCAUGGGGAGGGGCCAAAGUCACACCAUAACCACACACACACAUAGGGGGAGGGGCCAAAGCCACAUCACCACACACACACACAUAGGGGGAGGGGCCAAAGCCACGUCACCACACACACAAGGGAAGGGGCCAAAGCCACAUCACCACACACACACACGGGGAGGGGCCAAAGCCACAUCACCUCGCACACACACACAUAGGGGGAGGGGCCAAAGCCACAUCACCACACACACACACGGGGAGGGGCCAAAGCCACAUCACCUCGCACACACACACAUAGGGGGAGGGGCCAAAGCCACAUCACCACACACACACACACAUAGGGGGAGGGGCCAAAGCCACGUCACCACACACACAAGGGGAGGGGCCAAAGCCACAUCACCAUGCACACACAAAUUGAGGGUGGAAAUCAGGCAAAUCCUUUUCUAGUUGAAAGACAUGCAUUUUAAUGUAAAAUGUGCUGUAGUAAUAGGGUUUAUGUUCCGCAUUUUGGGCUUAUCAUUGCUGUUCGCCACAAAAGGCAGUGGCAGACACGCCUCUCGCGCAGUGGCAGACACGCCUCUCGCGCAGUGGCAGACACGCCUCUCACGCAGUGCUCCGACUUGCCCAGAAGGGGGCUCCCUCACCUUUGUCUCUCCUCCUUCCAUCAGAAUUUGUCAAAAACUUCCUCUCUCUGUACUAAAUGAGGUCUGUAGUUUAAACCAUACUGAGGGGUCUACAGGCUGAUGUUCUGCAGGGGACUGGGAAGAUAAGUCAGACCAAUUUUGGGGAUAGAGCUGGACUGGGUGUGUUUAUCAAGGUGAUAGAAAUGGACUUUUUUUUUAUGCCCAGGCCUGUGACCACCCUGCCUGCAUUUUCUCUAAGACAGAAUGUGCUUCUUUAAAUCUUCUGUAAAAUAUCUCAGAAUGUAUUUUUGUCUUUUCCUGGAAGUAUUGCCAAAUAUAGGCAUAAUAUAGACAUAAAAGAAAUAAAAUAAAUUCAACCA